AUGUUGAGUUCGUUCUUACAUACAAACUUACGCCACCAGGAGAUUUUUGAUGUUGGUGCAUUCAGUGGUCUGAAUAUCACAUUUGAUUCACCAACACAAUCGAAAGAUACUACAAUUUCAACAGUAAUUUUCCUUCAACCUCUUUCAAUUUCUAUUGUUCGAGGAGAAGGCGGCAAACCAGAAACAAGAAGUAACCAAACUACUAAUGUUAAGUUUAAUUACCAAAAAACAAAUGAAAAAGGAAGUAUUAUUAUGAAUCUUGGUACAUCUCAAUUUUUCUUUGUAAAUAUCAAACCAAUUCCAAAUAUUGGCUUCUCAGCUCAAGCCAGUGUUAACAGAGGCUCAGUUUGUCCUUCAAUUGGAACAAAUCUUGUGGGCAAACACUUCUAUUUCAGAAGUAUGUUGACAAUGGUCGGCCAGAAAUUGAUUUCUGUCACCGAUAACAAGUUCAAUUUCUUUGAUGUCAACAGAAUUUCAACAAUUGAUACAUCAAUCAACCUCGGACGUAAUGAUUUCAGUGCCGGCUUACAGAUUGUCAGAAGGUUCCUCGGAGAAAACUCACGAUGGGCUUAUUCUGUAUUAGUUCAGAAAGAAUGGGAUAAUAAUAACUCUGCAUUUGAUAUUGCAGCAGUUGCUGAUCCUCUUUUCAAUUUAUGUCUAAGAUACCAACGCCAAGUUAAUCCAAAUUGGAAGUUUGGCAUUACAUUUGCUACAUCUAAGUAUAUUGAGCCACGCCUUCAACUUACAUGCAAGGCAAACCUCGGAAAAUCAACAGUUCAUUCUUCUAUCCUCACAACAGGCGUGGUUGAAUCAAAGUUUACAAGCAAAGUUUCAGAUACUUUCACCAUUACUGUUGCAAGCAUCCUCGAUCAUCCAGCUAAGAACUACAAGCUUGGUCUAGGAUUUUACUCCCAAUAA